UCCCAUUCAGUCGUUUGUUGGGAUCCUCCCUACAGACAGUCGUGCGUGUGCGCUGUUACCGACACAACGGGAUUGUCAGAGCAAUAUUUCAAGAGGAACGACCAAUUAACAGAAAGAAAUCAAUAGGUAACGUGAUCUGGAUUGAUUUCCUGCGGCAAUGUAAAGAUGGCGAGAGUACUCCACAACUUGCUGUUAUUUAUGAUCAGACUUGCGCUGAAAAUCAGAGUUUUGGGGUAUUGGUCAUUGAUAUACGGUUAUUGUGCACUUUGCACCAUCGUAGCCCUGCUGAAACUUUGGUGGAACAUCAUUUUAAGGCCGACAGCAACCUUCCAAUGGGGGAUUCGUGAAACUCCCCCGGCUUGUCUGAAUGACACGUCCUUGGGAACCCACUGUUAUGUUAGGAUAAAGGAGUCUGGCCUUAGGUUUCACUAUGUUGCUGCUGGAGAGAGAGGAAAGCCGCUCAUGCUGUUUUUACAUGGCUUCCCAGAGUUCUGGUUCUCCUGGCGCUACCAACUACGUGAGUUUAAGAGUGAAUUCCGUGUGGUGGCCAUUGACAUGCGGGGCUAUGGCGAGUCUGACUUGCCCCUCUCCACUGAAAGUUACCGCUUUGAUUACCUGGUUACUGACAUCAAGGACAUUGUGGAGUACUUAGGGUACAACAGAUGUUGCCUCGUUGGCCAUGACUGGGGUGGGACUAUAGCGUGGCUGUUUGCCAUUCACUACCCAGAGAUGGUGACAAAACUCAUCGUCUUAAACUGUCCCCACCCUUCUGUGUUCACAGAUUAUGCCCUGCGUCAUCCCAGCCAGCUGCUGAAAUCCAGUCAUUUCUUUUUCUUCCAGCUGCCCCGCUUUCCAGAGCUCAUGCUCUCCAUCAAUGAUUUCAAGGCUCUGAAGGGCUUAUUCACUAGUCGCAGCACAGGGAUUGGGAGAAAAGGCCGAUGGCUCACCGCAGAGGACCUGGAGGCCUAUCUUUAUGCCCUCUCACAGCCAGGUGCUCUGACAGGAGCACUCAACUAUUACAGGAAUGUCUUCAGCUCCCUGCCCCUCAGUCAAAAUUAUGUCAGGUCUCCAGUUCUGCUGAUGUGGGGUGAGAGGGAUGCAUUCCUGGAGCAGGAGAUGGCCGAAGCAUGCCGCCUGUACAUCAGGAAUCACUUCCGUCUCAACAUCAUAUCUGGGGCGAGCCACUGGCUGCAGCAAGAUCAGCCGGACAUCGUCAACACCCUCAUAUGGACCUUCCUCAAGGAGGGAGAGGGACGCAAAAGCUACAGGAACUGAAUCUCCAACGAGGCCUCCUUCUGCCCUCUUUCCCCUCCCACUUGCCACACCUGGAAGCCUGGAAUAUGCCUGUGACACCAACCGACAUAAUGAUAAUGCAAUCAUUCUUUAAAUCUUACACAUUUCAGAUAUUUUUUUAAAGAUGUCAGCAGUACAGGAAAGAACAAAAGCACACGUCAUGGGAGAGGACACUGAAUAGUACGUUUGACACAUAUUCAAGAUGUUUUUUGCACAUAACAUCAGCCUUAAAAUUUGCUGGUUACAACAUUACAAAUGUGUGGCAAAAUCUCCUUGUGAGUUGUAUUGUGUGGUGCCUUUUAACUUUCGAGUUUUGCAGUGUAAAGAAGCACCAUAUCCUGAGAGAUUGGGAUGUGGCGUUAUCUGCUAUACUUGUAUGUUUCACUGGAUCACUCCACUCUACUUUGGGCACAGUCCUCUGGGAGCCCCAUUCUCCUACUCCCUUUAUCAGGUAGUGUUGUCUAAAGGAUUUUUUCUUUUUUGUAUUUUUUUCCUCAGCGAUAUUUGCUCAAACAUAGAGAAUGUUGUUAUCUUGAUCUUCCUGUAUAGAGAAUCAGUGAUGGUUGACUAUUGUACUCUUUUUGUAUCUCUUCCUACACACUGCAUUUUGAAAUUCACUGAGCCAG